AUGGUUUUUUCUGUCGAGAAUUUUGUUGUUAAUCCAUCUGCGGAUUUACUGGUGCCUUUAAAGAAAGCGCAGUGGUGUGAGUUGGCAGCCCAUUAUGAAAUUCCCAUUCGAUCCUCAUUACGGAAAGAUGUAAUCCGUGAAAUAGUGCUUGACCACUUGGUGAUGCUUAAUGUGCUCACUAGAGAGGACGUGGAAGAUAAUUUUCCUGAUGCGACGAUGAAACGUCGUCAAAUCGACCUUGAAUUUCAGAAGGUCGAGGUGGAAAAGUUAAGAGCGGAAAACGAGCGCAUGCGCCUCGUGCAACGCUCAGAACAUGAUUCGUGCGACUCGCGGUUUCAGCUGAAAGAGGCCGUGCGAUUUGUUCCUCGAUUCAGUGAGCAGGAGCCGGAGUAUUUUUUCGCUCAUUUUGAGCGUAUUGCUCAGUUGCAUAUGUGGCCCCAGGAUAAAUGGGUCUUACUGAUUGAUAGCGCUUUUAUAGGUAGAGCCCAGGAGGUAUUUUCGGCGCUUGAUCUUGCACAAUCCCAAAACUAUAAUGUUGUAAAGCAGGCAAUUUUAAGUGUGUAUAAAAAAGUGCCAGAAGCAUAUAGGCAAGAGUUUCGUAACAGCCGCAAAAUUGCUGGCCAAACAUAUGUAGAGUUUAUAAGACGCAAAGACCUGUUGUGCCGUAAAUGGGUUGAAAGUCAACUUUCAUCCCGCGAAUAUGAACAAUUAAUAGAGUUGUUCAUACUCGAAGAAGUAAAAAAUUGUAUGCCAUUAAGAGUUCGUAGCCAUAUAGAAGAGCGAGGAUUAACUACUCUGUCAGAAGUUGGUAUGGCUGCUGAUAACUUUUCCCUGACUAAUCCUCAAAUUAAUUACAGAUCACGAGAGUCGAUACCCCAUCCUAACCCUUCCAGACAUGCUCCUCCAAGGGCUGUGAAAUCAGAACGGGGUGUGACUGAGACGUCUUAUGCCCGAGUUCCCUCUCCCCCUGUAAACCUCGGUCAACCUAAUGACGGACCUGAUGGUAAAGCUGAAAAAAUACUUUUCUGUCGUUAUUGCAAGAAGGUAGGCCACUCGAUUUCUGACUGCAUUAAAUUAAUUCGUAAGCGUUCAGAUGAUGCUAAACCUGUAAUGCAUAUUAGCAUGAACACUGAAUCCAUAACAAUCCCUAAAGAUUUUCAAGGUAACUCUGAUGAAACUAAUUCCAUUAAUCAACCUAAGCAGAAGAUUCAUGAAGUAAAUCCUUCAUUCCUUCCCUUCCGUUCCACAGGUUUUAUUGGUAUGGUCGGAGCUGAGGAGCCUUUGCGUCCUGUCAGUAUCUUGCGGGAUUCGGGUGCAGAACUUUCAUUGAUUUGCAAGCAUGAUGUUCCAAGUCCAGUGUGUUAUACUGGUGAGAAAGUUCUGGUGGAUGGCUUCACGGGGAUAGCUGGCUUACCUCUCUGUAUGGUAUAUCUCAGGUCAGAUUUUAUGAACGGUCCAGUAAGACUGGGGGUAGUAGAUUACAUUCCUGCUAAGGGCAUAUCUGUAAUAAUUGGGAAUGAUCUUGCAGGUGGUAGAAUGUGGCCCUGCCCAGUAGUUACAUCCUGUCCCCCGAAGGAGAAUAAUACCAAAGAACUGGAACUAAAGUAUCCACAGCUUUUCCCUGCGUGUGCGAUCACACGUAGCAUGAGUAAAAUAGUCACAAACUCAAAAGCUGCAGAAUCUCAUGCUAGUGAGAGUGACGUUUUAGGAGACUUCACUCUGAAGGAUUUCUUUAAGGAUGCUGAUAAAUUAGUGAUGCCUGCUAAUUCUGAGGGGAUCAUUCCUUUGAACGGUAAACCUGUGACUAGGGAUGUACUUAUAGCAGAACAAAAUAAUGAUCCAGAUUUAGCAAAGUUUUAUGAUGAUUUAGUGGAUGAAAAUGAGAUCGAUAAUUUUGGGAAUUGUUUCUACCUGAAGUCGGGAGUUUUAAUGCGUAAAUUCAGGAACUUAAAUGUUCCAUCAGAUGAAAUUUGGAACAAUGUCCAUCAGAUAGUAGUUCCACAAUCACUACGUUCUGAAAUACUAUAUUUUGCUCAUGAUUUAUGUGGUCAUUUAGGUGUCACUAAGACAUAUCUCAAAGUUCUAGCUCAUUUCUUUGGGCCAAAACUUAAAAAGGAUGUUGGUAAACACUGCCAGACAUGUCACAUUUGCCAAGUUAAGGGGAAGCCAGGUACCUCGGUGAAGCCAUAUCCCUUACACCCAAUUCCUGCAGUAGAUGAACCUUUCAGUAAAAUAGUAAUCGAUUGUGUUGGCCCUCUGCCGAAAACAAAGCGUGGUAAUCAGUUUCUCCUCACUAUUAUUGAUAGAGCUACUCGUUACCCUGAAGCAGUGCCUCUCAGACGAAUAACAAGUAAAAAUGUAGUCAGAGUACUAGUAAAGUUCUUUACUCAAGUGGGUCUACCUUCUUCAAUUCAGUCAGAUCAGGGUUCGAAUUUUACCUCAGUUCUGUUUCAACAGGGAAUGCGUUCUUUGGGUAUCACACAGUAUAAGUCAACUGCUUUUCAUCCAGAGUCACAGGGGGUGGUGGAGCGAUUCCACUACACCCUUAAGACAAUGAUAAAGUCCUUUUGUCUCGAAGCAGGGUCAGAAUGGGAUGAAGUUAUCGAUUUGUUACUAUUUUCUGUCAGGGAAAGUGUUCAGGAGAGCCUAGGUUUUUCACCUUUUCAGCUCAUUUAUGGCCACGAGGUCCGAGGGCCCCUUAAAGUGUUGAAAGAGUGUUGGCUCAAUGAAGAGGUAGUAGUACCUGUAUCUGUGUAUGUAGAAAACCUCAAGUGUAAACUUAAAACUGCUAUAUCUAUUGCACAUAAACAUUUGGGUAAUGUGCAAAGUAGGAUGAAAGAGACAUUUGACAAGACUAAAAAGGCUGAGGUUAGAACAUUUAAGGAGGGAGAACUAGUUUUGGCUUUACUUCCCAUUCACAAGCAGCCUCUUUGCUCAAAAUACCACGGUCCCUUUCGUGUAUUAAAACGUACUAGUGAGGUAAACUAUGUCAUUGAAACUCCUGAAAGGCGAAAGAAAAAGCGUCUAGUGCAUGUUAAUCUCUUAAAAAAGUACCAUUCUCGUGAAGAUACUGGAAAUGAUGUAGACAAAGCAAAGGUCAUCGCACUCAUAGUAUCUAACACUUGUAAUAUCAGUGAAGGAAAUAGUGACAAAGAAUGUGAAGUUUCUAUAGUGGUGCCUAACCUCUCAAACUCUAUAAUUCUAGAUAACCCUGAGCAUAAACUAGUUCACCUAACAGCAGCCGAAGCGGCCAACAUUAUCUCCCUUCUCCAGGAACAUCGUGAUCUCUUCAGUGAUACUCCCCGACUGUGUACACUUUUGGAGCAUGACAUAGACACAACAGAUGCACAGCCCAUUCGACAAGCACCGUAUCGUCUCGGUGGCGACAAGAAAAAGUUCCUUUCGUCUGAAGUUCGACGCCUCCAAGACCAGGGUCUGAUUCGUCCAAGCUUAAGUCCAUGGGCAUCUCCAGUUGUUCUAGUUCCGAAAACAGGUGGGCCAUUUCGUCUAUGUAUUGAUUACCGAAAAGUUAAUGCAGUAACAGUCCCUGAUUCCUACCCUCUUCCGAGGAUGGACGAUAUAAUAGACGACCUCGGGAAGGCGAAGUAUCUCUCCAAGCUUGACCUUUUACAGGGUUACUACCAGGUGCCCCUCAGUGAGAGAGCCAAACCUAUAUCUGCCUUUGUCACACCCACAGGACUUUAUGAAUUCACCGUCCUCCCGUUUGGAAUGCGGAACGCCCCUGCAACCUUCCAGCGGCUGAUGAACUUCCUAACUGCUGGUUUGGAGGGUGUAAGAUGUUACCUUGACGACCUGGUGGUCUGGAGUUCAUCUUGGGAAGAUCACUUGAUUCGACUUCGUGCCUUGUUCUCCACUCUCGCUGAAGCUAACCUCACUGUUAACCUCAUGAAGAGUGAGUUUGGCCAUGCCCAUGUCAUCUUCCUGGGCCACGUGGUGGGCCAGGGCCAAUUAGCCCCUGUUGCAGCGAAGAUUGAGGCUGUUCAGCAAUAUCCAACUCCCUCUACACGCAAAAGUCUGAUGCGAUUUAUCGGCCUGGCUGGGUAUUACAGAAGAUUCUGCAAGAAUUUUGCCCAAGUUUCAACUCCCCUUACGGACUUGCUCAGUACUAAGAGGACAUUUAAGUGGUCGCCGGAAUGUCAAACAGCGUUUGAAAAUUUGAAAAACAUGCUGACAAAUGCUCCAGUGCUGCAAGCCCCUGACAUGAAUAAACCGUUUAGUAUUCACGUGGAUGCCAGUGAUGCAGGUAUUGGAGCAGUAUUGCUUCAACCUGGCCCCAGUGAAGUUUUACACCCUGUGUGCUACAUGUCAUUUAAAUAUAAGCCGUAUCAAAAAUCCUAUGCCACCGUUGAAAAGGAGGCUUUAGGUUUAAUAGUAGCAUUGGAAAAGUUUAAAGUUUACUUAUUAAGCACCAGGUAUGCUAUUGAAAUAUUCACAGAUCAUAAUCCACUUCGGUUUAUUGAAAGUGUAAAAUUCAAGAAUGUGAGAGUUCUAAGAUGGGCUUUGGAACUACAGCCAUAUAAUGUUAAAAUUACUCAUAUAAAAGGGAAAGAAAAUAUUAUUGCAGAUGCUCUCUCCAGGGCUUGA